AUGGAUAUGCCACCUUGUUCCAACAAUGAGUCGCUGUUAGGGCUUAAAGGAGUUUUGCAUGCACAUCAAGGGAAAAGGAAGCCUGACGACGCUGUUACAGCCUUAUCUCCUAAACGCCAUAGGACAAUAGGACCUUUUCUUGAUGAAGAGGACGACGAGCACGACAUACACCCAUUUUCCAAUUUCAACAACAACCCUGGAUCCCAGGAUAAGAAUCGCAAUGCCUCUCUAUCGAAUACGGCAUUGAGCACAAACCCUCUAUAUAUGAGUGCGCCACCCGUCCCCAAUACUAUUGGGAAGGCGAACAGCUCCAGAUUCUUAUUUCCGACUCGCAUGGAAGCGGAAGCGACUUCGAAGGAACUGGCGACGAUCCGUACGUGUUCUGGUAAAGUUAUUAAUCUGCGAAAGAGAAAGCCGGCUGCCCCUGUUUCUUAUGAGCACACAAUUGCGGAACGUUCAAUAACAGCUCCAGACAGAGCAAAGAAAAGCUACUAUGGAAUCGACAUUCACAAACUACUUGACGAUAUCACAAUCGAAGAUGCUCAGGGAAGCACCCGUCUCUCGCGGCUUCCUGCUCACCAACCAUCUAUUGAAAUCGCUGAUGUUCCUCUGGCAAGUAAAGAAUCAAAUCUUAUGUGGACCGAAAAAUACCGUGCAAGACGAUUUAAAGAUCUGAUUGGUGAUGAGCGGACGCAUCGGUCUGUUUUACGCUGGCUUAAGGGGUGGGAUCCCAUCGUAUUUCCAGGCCUAGCAAAGCUAAAACCAAAAGCACCCAUGGCAAAUAGUUUCGAAGAACACGCUCACCGGAAAGUUCUACUUCUCACUGGACCACCUGGGCUUGGUAAAACUACUCUCGCUCACGUAUGCGCAAGGCAGGCAGGAUAUGAAGUACUCGAGAUCAAUGCGAGUGACGAACGAAGUCGAGACGUUGUCAAGGGUCGAAUCCGAGAUGCAGUCGGCACUGAGAAUGUGAAGGGGGUGUCCGUCGACGCUGGUGGCAAAAGAAUUCGAAAGCCUGGCAAACCUGUUUGCAUCGUUGUUGAUGAGGUUGAUGGCGUUGUAAGUGGCUCGGGUGGUGGAGGUGAGGGAGGUUUCAUGAAAGCAUUGAUUGAUCUGGUUAUGUUGGACCAAAGGAAUUCCAGCAACGCCUCAGAAUCUACCUCGACUCAUAAAAGGGGGUCGAGAAAGGGAGACAAAUUCCGCCUCCUUAGGCCGCUAAUUCUGAUAUGCAAUGAUGUUUACCACCCUAGCCUUCGCCCAUUGCGAUCUUCCUCGAUCGCUGAAAUUAUCCAUGUUCGACAAGCGUCUCUGGACAAGGUGGUUUUGCGAAUGAAGACUGUAUUCGAAAGGGAGGGAAUCCCGUGUGACGGAGACGGAGUGAGACGGCUUUGUGAAGCUUCGUGGGGUAUGACUAGCAGCAGGGACCGCCGUACAAACAACCGCGGCGUUGGGGAGGGCGAUAUUCGAGGGGUUCUAGUGGCUGGAGAAUGGAUAGCACAUAAACUCCGUGCUACUAGUGUAACAGGAGACAUCAGACUCACAAGAAAAUGGGUCGAGCAACACAUCCUAAACGACGCGACCAGAGAUGGCUCAUCAGCUCGUGGGUUAGGACGUGGCGGAACGAAAGAUAUUGUUGAGAGGGUUUUCCUCGAUGGCGCAGGUUUCCCAAAUGCACCCAUCUCUGUACAAACUUUCCAAGACCCCUUUUUGGGUGGCAACGCCAAAAUUCCUGUUGGGGUCUCUGACCUUCGCAAACAUCAUGCAAUUAAUCGUCUAAGGGAAAUGGUUGAUGCUGCAGGCGAAUAUGACCGCUGCAUUACGGAGUGCUUUGCUGUUUAUCCAACCAAGACGUAUCAAGAUGAUACUAUUCUCUCCAAACCAAAUACCGCCUACGAGUGGCUGCAUUUUCAUGAUAUGAUAUCAUCCAAGGUCUACGCGAAUCAAGACUGGGAACUCAAUCCAUAUCUUAGCCAGUCUGUUGUCGCAUUCCACCACCUUUUUUCUUCUUCCAACCGACAAAACUGGGAUGGCCAUAAGGCCCAAAUGGACAAUGAAGACAACGAAGGCGAGCACCCCUUUUCAGGCCCAAAGGCGGAUUUCGCAUCUUAUGAAGCCCAGAAACAGAACCGUGCCAUCAUAACAGAAUUCCAAUCGACCUUCUCCCCUCCUCUUCUUCGCACGUUCCGCUCCACCGAAUCAAUUAUCAUCGACCUCAUUCCGAAUCUCACCAGAAUGCUAGCUCCUGAAAUAAAACCUGUGAUUGUUGGUGGAAGCGGCAGUCAAAGAGGUGUUGCUAGCGUACGCAAGGACACUGAACGCGCACUUGUCAAGUCGGCAGUGAGAGUAAUGAGUGGUGUAGGAGUAAAAUUUGAGAAUACAAGGGUAGAGAGCGAAACUGGUUUCCACGAUGGCUGGAUUUACAGGAUGGAGCCACCUCUCGACACAUUAACCAUGUUUUCCAAGCUGAAAGGCAGCGGAUCUUCGGCACCCGUCCGAUACGCAAUCCGUCAGGUCCUACAGCAGGAAUACGAAAAAGAAAUCCUCCGCCAGCGCUCUCAAGCAGGCCAGGCAAGGUUAAACGGACCCAAAAGCGACAAUUUCUCUCGCGAUGACAACAAUGACUCCAAUGAAAUCAACGGUCGCAAUGGCUCAAACCUAUAUAAGCUUCCACCCAGGCUCAAUGGACCGAAACGUGAUUUCUUUGGCCGAGUAGUCGUGAACGAAGCGCGGCCCGGUUCUCGUGGUACUGGCGGUUCUGCUGCUGCUGCACCAGCUAAAGCAGGGAAUAAUCCGGCAUGGGUUGGAUUUCAUGAAGGGUAUUCGAAUGCCGUCCGUAAACGGGUGACGCUGAAAGAGUUAUUAUCGGGGCUGUAG